AUGACUACAAAAGAUGCCACUACCGAAAAAACUGUCCCAAAGAGUAUACACAUAGACUUUUUAGAUCAAUCUUCAGAUGAUUCAAACCUAGAAGAUUCUAAUACUUUGGCGAAGGAGUAUACAUUAGAUAUUCCUCGAAUUCCUUCAGUUGAAUUACCGUUGCAUGUUUCAGGAAGGCCUGAAAGUGUCACAAAAGCGGUAAGUAUGUGUGGAGGUAUAGACAAAAUUAAAGAGAUGUUAAAGAAGAGUACUGACCCAGAGGUGGAGAACUACCUUGAGUUAUACUUAAAUGACAUGAAGACUAAGGAUGGUACUGAGAAUUCCUUCUUUAACGAGCACCCAAUAAUUGGUAAACCAGUUCCGUAUAGAGAUAGUUCAGUUGUGUUGAAAGUUGUUAUGCCUAAGGGUACCAUGAAGAAGCAUGAAGGUAACAUUCAAAAAUCAUUAGCUUCGUUACAUUCCAAGGAUUACAAAAUCACACCUGUUGCUGUUGUUGAUAACACAAUUAAGUUCAGAGAAAUGUCUGAUUUUCAAUAUCGUUUAGACAAUGUCCCAGCUGCAAAUGAAUAUGUGCAAAGCUUUGGUUCAUUGGAAUGGCAGAAUAUUAAACAAUUAGUAGAUUCAGUUCCUGAUAAUGAUACAAUGCCACAAGAAAAUAUCAGUAACUUAAUUUUCAAUAGAGGCUUAAAGUCACCAAGUUCGGAUUACCAAUUACCACCGCCACCUCGACUAUCCAUGAUCGGCUUUCCUCAUUUGUACAAGUAUAAAAAGAAUCCUUUAGCGGUCAAAAAAGCAGACGGUGUUUCUGAAGUGAAGGGCUCCUAUAUCAAAAAUUAUCAAUUAUUUUUACAUACAUUGGGUGAUGAUGUUAAGAUUCCAUUACAACCACACAAGAGUUUACAAAAUGAUUACAAGAUAGCGAAGGAGACAAACAUUUAUCCAGGCACAAAGGAGUCCUCUAAAUUCUAUGAAUCAUUGGAAGAAUGUUUGUCCAUAUUAGAGCAACUUUUCGAGAAAAGACCGAUUUGGAUUAAGAGACAUUUGGAUGGUAUCAUACCUAAGAGAAUACACCACACUUUGAAAAUUGCAUUGGCACUAAUUACUUACAGAUUUACUAUGGGGCCAUGGAGAAAUACUUAUAUCAAAUUUGGUUGUGAUCCAAGGUCAUCCAAAGAAUAUGCUAAAUAUCAAACUGAAUAUUUUAAGAUUGAAAGAAAAUUAUUAUCUUCACAAACAGUCAGGAAGAAUAUUCCAAAAUUAAAUGAACCUGUAUUCGAGUCUAACAUCCCAGGCGAUAUUGACACAAGAUUCAGAUUUGAUGGGAAGCAAAUCCCAUGGUAUUUAAUGUUACAAAUUGAUAUGUUAAUAUGCGAACCGAAUGUGGCCGAAGUAUACGAUAAAGUCGAAUAUUUGGAGACCCCUAAUGAAAUCACAGGUUGGUUUAGCGAGUUAGAUUUGGUUAAAAUAAGAAGAAUUGUUAAGUAUGAAUUAGGUUGCCUGGCUCAAGGUAAUCUUGAUUUCAACAAGUAUAAAUUAAAAUACUUCAAGACAAUGCAAUAUGUGAAAGAAUCUUUAAUAAAUGAAAAGGAUAUAAAAGAAUCACAAGCCGUUGAUGCUGAUGGUGAUAUUGAUAUGGAUAAUGAUUCAAAUGGAAAUAAAGGUGACAACAACAAAUCCAAAGAAAUAACGCCAGGCGAUAUAGAAGAUGAAGACGACGACGAUAACGGAAUCAUUGCAGGCGAAGUUGACGAAGAUGCCCUCGAUGCAGAAGAGUCUGAUUCCAAUGAUAAUAUACGCAUAGCGGACGCCAUGGAGGAUGAGAUAACUCAAUCAAAAGAAAAUUUUGACCUCUCAUCCGCAAAUUUUCAAGAUGUUGUUGCUCGUAUAAUGGAAUCUGAUCCUGAAACUGCUAAACGGUUACAAGCUGAGUUGGAGGGGUUUGUAAAUAUUAAUAAGAUAUAA